UCGCACAUGGUCGCUUUCACAAGGCAAGCAUGACGUGUUCCUCCUGCUCACGGUGCUCUUUUUGCGACAUUGUCUGCUGAAUGGGGGGAAGUUAAUCCUGGUGAAACCUCAUAAGCGCGAUGAGAAUCGAAGUUGAGGAUCAUGAAGAAGCAUUCCGUGGAUUGGAAGCAUUCCGUGAUGAACAUUUGUGGUAUUCAAACAUCCGUCGGCUUUCUCCCAGCUCUUCCUCUCUUGGGGCUGGGGCUCCUCACUUCCUCACUAUAUCUCGCAGCUGCCCUAGAACCUCAGUUGGACAUGUUUGAAGGAGUUCGUCAGGUCGAUUGGAUCGAUGGAGAUCAUUUCUUUGAAGUGACAAAUCCUCCUUACUUGGCUUACACUUACAAGAUGAGGAUGGCGAAAGACUUUGGAGGCCAGUUUAAUUGUUCUCUGAAAGAUGUGCUGCUAGUCCCAGCAAAUCCCUUCAAUGGCUGUGGAUAUCCCAGAAAUGAUGAUCUCCUAAAGGGCAAUGUGGCAUUGGUUGAGAGAGGGGAUUGCUCAUUCCUGAGCAAAGUGUUGCAGAUGCAGCGUGCUGGUGCGAUUGCUGCCCUGGUGACUGAUGAGGAUGAAUAUGAGGAUUAUCUCAUGAUCCACAUGAUUGAAGAUGGAACCGAGAGGAAUCCUUUCAUUCCUGCUGCCUUCAUUGUUGGCAAAAAUGGCCACAUGAUCUAUCGGAGCCUGCAACAAAUGGGUCUGAAGUUUGCUGUGAUCAACAUCCCUGUGAAUGUCACCAACACUCCCAUCCAUAAGCUGAAGCUGCCUCCUUGGGUUAUUUGGAGGUGAUAUCCUCAGGAAACAAUUGGAUACUUUCCUUGCAAUGUGAUCAACUGUGAUGAGAUCAUCAAGAGAAAUGCAUUGAGAUCAACAACCAAACACCUCAAGCAAAUACUGUUCUCCCUGCACUCAGAGAGGUUUUGUAAGUUUGUCACACCAUAAAAUAAUAAUAGCAUGUUUCAGUCUAGUCUAUCAGACCUAU